AGUACAGUAGGCGGCGCUACAAACAUUUACUGCCAGUCAGAAGAAGAAGAAGAAGAGCUGGUUGUUUGUUUCUCUCGCGAGAUCUGACAAUACUGCUUUCGAAACAAGAAAACAAGAUGAGGUAAAAACAAGAUGGCGUUUGCUGAAGACGUUAUUGUGGCUAUUAUAGUACUGUCUUCCUAAUUAGUGCGUACAUGAACAAACAUAUGCUGUUCAACAAAGUAAACGUCGUCAAUAAUCCAUUGAUAUUCGGACUCAUUAGUCUAAGUGCACUUUGCUGCUUCUCAUGCUAGCUUAGCUUGCUAGCUAGCUUAGCUUGUUAGCUGCUAACAAAGAGACGUUAUCAACACAUCCCUAAGCAGAGAUCACGUGUGAGUGUAAAGUGUUGUGAUUGUGUGAAAAUGUGCGAAAGAACGAUAGCAGAGUACGAGGAGGAACUGUUUCGAACAAAAGAGGAGAAGGAGCAACAACAUCAACUACUGGACGCCUAUUACAGGAAACAUCAUCAAGUUGUGUUACACAGAACAGACAUCUGUGAAGAACAUCUUCUCCCUGAGCAGCAGGAGUGGACCUCCAGGAUGGAACAAGAUGAGACACACACCCCCCACAUUAAAGAGGAAGCGCAGGAGCUACAGCCCCCCGACAUUAAAGAGGAGGAGGAGUCUCGGCCAGCGCACUUUAAAGAGGAAGACGAGGAACACAGCAUCAGUCAGGAGGGAGAGUAUCUUGAAAAACUGGAGGAGGUUGAUGUCACCAAGAUGGCAGUGAUUGGUGUGAUUGUGAAGAGUGAAGAUGAUGAGGUCAAAGGUGAAAGUGAGGACAAGAGAGAGGUGGAGCCUCCAAGCAGCAGCUCAACUCAACACAUGACAACAGAAUCUGAUGGAGACCACUGUGGAGGAUCACAAGCAGACAAGAUCUUAGCUCCACUAUCAGAUAGUGACGACACAACGUCACACUCUCCUGACACUGAUGAUGAAGACUCUAAAGCUGAUAAGACAUGUCACACUGACAACACACCCUUGACAUGUUCUCACUGUGACAAAACUUUUAGUCACCAUAGUGAUCUGAAAAGACACAUGAGAAUACACACUGGAGAAAAACCUUUUAUCUGUUCAGUUUGUGCUAAAGGUUUUAUACAAAAUAGUGAUUUGAAAAUACAUAUGAGAAUACACACUGGGGAAAAGCCUUUUAUCUGUUCAGUCUGUGCUAAAGGUUUUGGCCUAAAACAAAAUUUGAAAGUACACAUGAGAAUACACACUGGUGAGAAACAUUUUAUGUGUUCAAUCUGUGGUAAAGGUUUCUUACAAAAUAAAUAUUUGAAUGUACAUAUGAGAUCACACACUGGAGAAAAAACAUUUAUGUGUUCAGUGUGUGGUAAAAGAUUUUCUCACAAGCAUCAUUUAAAAGUACACACAAGAGUACACACAGGAGAAACACCUUUUUCAUGUUCAAUAUGUGGUAAAGGUUGUAUACAAAGUACAGAUUUGAAAAAACACAUGAGAAUACACACUGGUGAAAAACCCUUUAUCUGUUCAAUCUGUGGUAAAGGAUUUGGCCUAAAUCAAAAUUUGAAAGUGCACAUGAGAACGCACACUGGAGAAAAAACAUAAUCUUGUUCUAGCUGCAACAAAAGCUUUUAUGACCGAUCAGCUCUGGUAGUACACACACAGGUCUAAAACCUUUUAUCUGCUCAGUCUGUGGUAAAUGUUUUAUACAAAAUGGCGAUUUGAAUAGACACAAGAAGACACAUAAGUGACAAAAUGUUGUGUUGCAGUGUGUGUGUGGUGAAAGAUUCUCUUAUAAGUGUAGGAAACACAAAUGUGCUGGUGAGAACAGCAGCAGCACGAUCUUGUUAAUAUUCUUUUACAAUUUAUAGAUUACAUAUCUUUUUCAUUAGAGCUUUUAUCCACCAUAAAUUCAUAAGUUCAGCCAUAAAUACACUACAUUGUGUACAUGAGUUUUCAAAAUUGUCCCUGUUUAAAAAUAAAUAUAAACUAACCCACCUCUGUCCUCAUCUCUUCUUUUAUUUAAAUUUCAACUCAAUGAAAUCUUCAAAAAACUAUUGAGACAUACCCUUAGUAAGUAAUAGCUCU